AUGUUUUGGCUUCAGUCACGUACUUCUCUAGUAUCCAGUAUACGUGCAAACCUUUCCAUAUUCUCACGUAAUCUACCUUUGCGCUAUAGAGCCCUACCUAGUUCGUCUCAUCCAGUCGAAUGCAGACCAACAUCCACGAUCGCGUCUACAAAUCAAACCAUACAACGCGUAUUUCCUAUAUCAAGAUUUGAGGUCAUUGAUCCAACAGAAGAGGUUGAGGAAGAGACUCUACCGACCUACGAUGUCAAGACAUACUACCCCGUCCGUCUUGGGGAAGUUCUAGAUGGCCGCUAUCAAGUCGUUGCCAAAUUAGGCUAUGGUGUCACAUCUACCGUCUGGCUCGGUCGCGAUCUAAGUGAUUCCAAUCAUGUUGCCUUGAAGAUUUAUGUGUCUGGUACUCUGAAGAGUAGCAACGAACUCGCCGUAUACGAACGCAUAAACGCAGUUGAAACAGACCAUGCCGGCAAGAAUCUCAUUCGUCAACUAUGGGAUCACUUCUUCCUAGAAGGUCCCCAUGGCCGUCACAAGUGUCUCGUGCAUCAACCGCUCGGGCUUAGUGUAGACCAAUUCUUGUACUUCUUUCCGGGGAGGGUGAUGAACCUCGACGCUUUGAAGCCUUGUCUACGGCAGGUAUUGGGGAUAGUUGAUUUUCUGCACACUGAAGCUAGGGUCAUACACACCGAUCUACAACUGAAGAAUCUCCUACUUCCCGGAGAUCCUAAGAAUUUCUCGGGUCUCGAAGACGCAGAGAUUGAGGCCCCUUCGGCUAGGAAAAUACUUGGCCCUGAGCGCACAAUCUACACCAGCCACAUCGUUGUCCCUGGAAAUGGAUUGCCAUUGCUCAGUGACUUUGGAGAAGCUCGAUUCAGCGAUGAAGAGCAUGACGAGGAUAUCAUGCCAAAUCUUUACAGGGCUCCCGAGGUGGUGCUAAAGAUGAACUGGGAUAGCAAGGUGGAUGUGUGGAGCAUUGCCCUGAUGGUAGGAGAUUAUGCUUAUUGA